CACAGCCGCCCGCCUCCUCUCCUCCAUCGCCCCGGCCUCCGCCCGCCCUCGCUGAGGCCUUCUCCUCCCCGGUGCCGGCUGCGCUCCUCCCGCGGGCAUGAACGGCUAUGGCUCCCCGUACCUCUACAUGGGCGGCCCGGUGUCGCAGCCACCGCGGGCUCCUCUGCAGCGGACGCCGAAGUGCGCCCGGUGCCGCAACCACGGCGUGCUGUCCUGGCUGAAGGGCCACAAGCGCUAUUGCCGCUUCAAGGACUGCACCUGCGAGAAGUGCAUCCUCAUCAUCGAGAGGCAGCGGGUGAUGGCCGCGCAGGUGGCGCUCCGCCGGCAGCAGGCCAACGAAAGCCUGGAGAGCCUCCUCCCGGACUCCCUGCGCUCCCUCCCCGGGCCGCCGGGCAACGCCGAGCCCCCCACCCCGCCGCCGGGGCCGUCGCCGUGUGCCGCGCAGCCGCGGGCCCCCGCCGAGCUGGCCGCCGCCGCCGCCCUCCGCUGGGCCGCCGAGCCGCCUCCCGCGCUCCCGGGGCCGCUCCCCAAGGCAGACAUGAAUGAGGAGCGGUUGGGUGAUGCGAGUGGAGCAGACAGUACUGAGACCUACAGUGACAAAGACACAGACCAAAGGAGUUCCCCAGACAUGACUAAAGCCAAAAGUUGUUUCAACCCUGAAAGCCCUGAAAUUGUUUCAGUGGAUGAGGUUGGUUUUGCAGUUCAGAAAAAUGGUGGGAGCACAGAGAACCGUCCAGAUAGCCCCAAGUACCACCCAGAGCAGAACCACCUCCUGAUAGAAGGUCCUUCUGGGACAGUUUCCCUACCAUUCAGUUUGAAAGCAAACAGACCUCCACUUGAAGUCUUGAAAAAGAUCUUCCCUAACCAAAAGCCAACUGUUCUAGAGUUGAUCCUGAAGGGGUGUGGCGGUGAUCUGGUGAGUGCUGUAGAGGUUCUCCUGUCUAGUCGGUCUUCAGUGGCCAGCGGAGAGAGAACUUCUGCAGAAUCUGAUAGUCUUGUUUUGCCUUCCAACGGGCAUAUUUUUGAACACACACUUAGUUCCUAUCCUAUUUCGUCUUCCAAGUGGUCUGUGGGCUCGGCAUUUAGGGUUCCUGACACGCUGAGGUUCUCUGCUGAUUCCAGUAAUGUUGUGCCAAAUCCUCUGGCUGUACCUUUGCAGCACCCUUUCCCUCAGCCACCACGCUACCCGCUGAUGCUGAGGAACACUUUGGCAAGAAACCAGUCCAGCCCAUUCCUGCCCAACGACGUCACCCUGUGGAACACCAUGACGCUGCAGCAGCAGUACCAGUUGCGGUCCCAGUAUGUCAGUCCUUUCUCUAGCAACUCAGCCAGUGUUUUCCGAACCUCACCUGUCCUUCCUUCCCGCUCGUCAGAAGAUCCUAGGAUCUCGAUUCCUGAUGAUGGAUGUCCUAUUGUGUCUAAGCAACCAAUUUACACAGAGGAUGAUUAUGAGGAAAGGUCUGAUUCUUCAGACUCAAGAAUACUCAACACAUCUUCUUAGACCGACAUUUGACAUGUGACAGCUAAGCGAUGCUCACAGUGCAGCUGAACUGCUGGCCCCUAAGAGGAGGGACACAUACUCUACAAAACUCUUGCAAUUGUAUUAAAAAGUGACUUUGCUUGGUAUUGUACUAUAGCAAUAAAGACGUAACUUAUUUAAUUUCUUGCACUUCACUGGAUAAUGCCAAAUAGCAAUACUCUGGCUUUAGUGCUGAGUGUGUGUUACAAAGGAAGACUUUAUGGCUACCACUUAUGGGACUCUAGAAGACUCAUAAUGGAAAUAGAAGCCCAAGGUCUACUUUGUUCCUUAACUCAGAAAAAUGGGGAUGUUAAACUAGAAUACUUGAAUGCUGUUUUAUAAUUGAGAACUCCUCAGGACAUAAGAAAUCAAGCAAACGUAGUUCAAUUGCAAAUGGACUAAAACAAGGACCUUAUAAUCUUAUGCCAGUGAUCAUCCUUGCAAUGAAAGAAAAGGCAGAAGAAAGAAAUACACACAUGCAACUAACAUCAGCUGCUUCUGUGCUGUUUGAGCUUGGACACUUUUCAGAGAAAUAUUAUUAAGAGUUAUUCUUUUCCCAUGGCUAGGUCGAAAUGUGUAAUGUCAGUGUAAAACCAAUUACAGCUGUGAAUUGCAUGAAGUGUAUCGUGAAAUGAACACCAGAUUAAGCAUUGUCAGGUUAAUGUAGCAUGCUAAGGAUUCUAGAAAAAUAAACUAAGAUGAUGAUCUUGGUUUAUGUCAUUUAUACUGGGCAAAUAACAUUCUGAAGAUAGAGAGCUGAUUAGUUCUCAGCCAGGGUUAAAACGUCCAGCUCCAGCAGCUGCAGUCAGAGGAAACCUCUUUUUCCAAGUCUGAGUUUUGCUUCCCUGCCUUGUAACUUGCAACUGAGAUUAGGCAAAAGUUGUCAUCAGGGAAGCUGAGGUCUCUUGCAUUUGUACUGCAGACAUUUCCAAGCUCAGCUGAGUAAAGCAGAGCUUGCUACAAUCACAGAAAGCAGAAAACAAAAGGCUCUCCAAAUACUUCAGAAGCGUCUUUUUUUCCUAUACUGUAGAAGUAGUACAAAAAGGAAAUAGGAUGUAAUAGCGGGCAUUUCUUUAAAAUAGUGUUUAGCCAAAUGGCAGCUUCCCUAAAUCUAGAAAAGUAAUGGUUUGAAAAAUUUAUUGCAUGAUUGCAUGCAUUGAUUACACUGCAUAUCUUAUGUGUGUCUGAGUAACAUUAGGAAUUGCUUCUGAUGAGGAAUGCCACUAAGUUUAAUGUCCACUUAGAAGUUUGUUAAGCUUUUAGUGUCUUUUUUUCAACUGUUCACAAGUGACUGCAUAUGCUUGACAAUUGACUUUUACAAAACACACCUCUGAGUGCAGAUGAAAUGACUCUCUGGUCUUUCAGGUGUAGGGAUUAGUCCCACACCUCAAAAAAAAAAAAAAAGGUGAGGCCACCCUGAAGUUGGACUCUGAAGCAGAUGGGCUUUAAAACUGUUGUAUAAAUGUAUCAGGCAUGUUAUCUGGUGUCACUGUUGAUACGAAUGCCUGUGUUCUCAUUUGGCAUUUCAUGUUCUGUACGUCUUGUGCACACAGUAAAUCUCUCAUUUUAUAAAGGUACUGCAUACGCACAAAAAGGAGAAUAAGAUAAUGACUUUAUUUUCCUUAGGGGAUAAAUUAACCGAAAGAUACUUUAUCUUGCAUAACUUUCCAACCUGUUCAAAAAAGCAUUUUAUUGGUUAUGCUACAGAGCAAAGACAUAAAAGCAGGGGAAGGGAGGAAAAAAUAUUCCCUUAUGGAAGUGUAAAUCUGAAAGCAUCCGGAGCUUUCCUGAAUGCACGGUUUCAGUUGUGUACUGACAGAUUUGCCUGCAUUCACAUGGCACUUAUAAACAAAUUCCUCUUACAGCCACUCCAGAGAAAAAAGGAAUAUGCAAAAUAGAUCUCGUGAACAGAAAGGCAGGAGGUAGUGAAACACUGUGCUCCAACACCGUAGAGAAAUUGUCAAAGGCUAGGUAAGAGCAGAUAGGCCCAGGAGCUCCAGUUUUGAGCAGAUUUCCUUCCUGCAGAAAUCGUAGGCAUCACUGUACAUUGAAUGAAAUCUCAGUGGAGUUUUUUUGUUUGUUUUGCUUGUUUUUUUGUGUAUUUGUUUUGCUACAGAUGUUGAAUCAUCUUCAGCAGAAGGACCAAACUGUGGUACCUGCAAGAGCUCAUGCCCUCUGUGGUCUGUGGGUUUUCAGAGAAGUGAAUUUUGGCAUCUUGCAAUUGGGACACGUCUUUCAAAGAAAGGUGGCCCUUGGCUUACAUGGAAUUAACUAUUAUCACACUUGUGGUGAAAAAUGCAGAUUUGACGGUAUGAUUUUUAAAAUUCUAUCUCUUUUGACAAGCAGUUUUCCGAAAAAGGAAACAAAUUAAAAUGAUCCUUGUCUGUGGUGUUAUAAAAUAACUUUUGACUCAAUUGGCAAAUACUUUUUUCCUUAAAUAAAGCAAAUGUAUCCCUGUUCAAAACAAGAAAUGCAAAUUUUAAUGUUGAACAGUAAUUUUUGUUCGAACACACAAUAUUUUAGCUAUACAGGAGAUUUUUUCUUUUUUUUUUCAAAAAUAUGUACUGGCCUGCAAUGCUAUCUUUGAGAAAUUGCUUUGUUCAUCCAGUUGUAUUGUCCAGGCUGGCACUACAGGCAGAUAAAAUUUUUAAAGAUCUCUUGGCAUGUUGGCAGGAAUCUUUUUCUGCCGACAACAGUGUUGGGACCUGUUCCUCAGACCUCUGCUGUGCUGGUGGGUGCUGCCCACGCAAUUCCACCAUCCCAGCAAGGGCAGCCGCGGGGAGAGGGAACCCCUUUUCUGCUGGAGCCCCAUCAAGUCCGGGCCGGCAGCGGCCACCCCAGAGCUGGCGGCCACCCCAUGGCUCCGGCUGUGCUUUCCCCGAGGUCGCUGACAGCCGUGUCACCGCAGCUGGCGGCAGCGGGACUGGUCCGGAGCCGGCGGAGCGCCCGUGGCGGUGCAGCUUCCCGGGAUUCCCACGGCUCCGGGACCCGGGAGAAGGUCGGCCGGUACACCGCCUAGAACUUGCGUUUCCUGGCUCCAUCUUGUGGCAAACAGGGGCAUCUCCGCCUCGGAGCAAGUGCUUCACGCUGAGGGAGAGAGGACAUUGGGUUGAAGCUGGAAGCAUUGAGGCUCAGAAGCUCCCCGAGGCCCAAAAAAAAAAAAAAAAAGUAUCAAGAAGGAUGCCUUGAGCCUGGUGAAGUCUCUGUUGGCACUCAGAAUCCAACGCGUUGUUGGGGUUUUUUUGAGGUCUUUUUUGAGUGCUAGUGUGGCUGUGUCUUUCUUGGAGCAAGAGACAUUCAGCCCUGUGCCCUCUGCAGAGCUCCCGCUCCUGUCUGAGCAGCCACUCAGGAGCCUCUUUGGGGUGCUCCAAGACUGUUUUUUCUCCUGACAGAGAGGUGAUUUCAUUGUCAGCUCUCUGGGCAAUGUCACAGGAAGCUCUCUCUGCUCAUGGCUCUGCUUGUCCAGGUCUCAGGCCCACCAGACACCAGUGCAGUGGGCUCUGCAGAGGCUGGCUGCUGCCCCAGAGGCACAUUGCCAAACCCCUGCUAGCUGACCUCUAGCUGUGACAAGGUGGUUAAGGCCAACAAUGAUGUAACAUUAAUAGUUUCUCCCUCAAAGGAAUGCCAUGGACAGCUCUAAUGCGAUGCUCAUGUUCUCUGGUAUCUCUCAUACCUGUAGAUAAGGGAAUAGUCAGACGGACAGCAGGGAUAAGCACAGCACAAUGGGGGUGUCCUGCGCCAAACAAUCCCUUGCCUUGUCCUUGCUGGUGUUGUGCUGCUUUCCUGGGGGUCCCUGACUUGUCCUCAUUAUGGGUCUGAAGGGCCACCUCUGCAACAUUUGUUGUAUGCUUGGUGAACAGGCUCACCUGACAUUUGUGCUGACAACUUUGAAAAAUGACUUUGAUUCUCUCAGUAUACUGUUUCAGUGAUUCAUUCUUUAUGUGCAUUUAUUCAGCAGACUGAGUGGGGAAAUAAGAUUGAUGCUAAAUUUAUAUGUUAAUUUUAAUAUUGAAGCUAUCCUGUAUUUGAAGAAUAAGAUCAAUUCUUCAAUU